AGACUGAGAGCUUCAGAGCAGCAUGACUUCAGUGAGACAUCUCAGGACUGACGCGAUGUCUGGACCGUCUGGUGUGAUGGAAUGCCGCUUUCCACCGAGGCUGCUGAUCACAUUUCUGCUCGUAUCUACUAACACUGCCUGUCUCUACGGACAUCUUACCACAGGUGUGGACCCCAUUCUUCAUUGUGUAAACGAUUACCUGUUCACCAUCAACUGCUCCCUGAGCGUUGCAGGGAACACCUCAGACAGCAACAGCUCCUAUUGGCUCACUUUCAUUAAAACAACAGAAAAAAAGAAGUUUGUGUGUAUGCUGACAAACACCAACGGGGAUUACUUCUGUUCUGUCAAAACAUCCGAGUCAAUGCCUGAUGACUACGCAGUGACCUUUGACGAUACAGUUACCUUUGAAAUCUCGCUUUGCCACAACAAGAGUAAUGGGUCUGAAAGCUGUGAGUGUCUGGAUAAAGAAUACACGCCUUAUUCUAACAUAAAACCAAACGCUCCGUGCUGCCUCACCAUUAGCCACAACUCAAAUCAACACCACUUCACCUGGAAAAGCACCUAUGAGAACUACACUUUUUUCACCGAUCUGAUCAGUGACCUGAAGUAUCAGCUGCAUUACUACAAAAGAGGAGACAAACAUAACGUGGUAUCACAUGAUAUUAACACCGACAGUACGAAUUAUUCUGUGGAUGAUUAUGAAUUUGUGCCAGACACUGAGUACGCUGCCAGAGUGCGGUCCAGUCCUAAUGAGGCCUUUUACAUGGGAGAGUGGAGUGACUGGUCCUCAGAGGUUCACUGGAAGACGGAGUCAGCAGAGAAUGAUCUCCAGCCACACACAUUUGUUUCUGGACUGGGUAAGGUGUUCAUAGCCUUAUGUGUGAUGGUGCCAUUUGUCUUACUUCUAUGCUAUGCUCCGGUUAAAAAGUGGAGGCAAAGUGCCUUCAUCCCAACUCCAGCACCCUAUUUCCACACCCUGUACAGUGACUGCCAGGGAGAUUUCAAGAGCUGGGUGGUUACACAAGAAAACACAGCAGACAUGAUGAAAGCAGAGGAAACUCUCCAAAUUGACACGCUAGCCGAGUGUGCAGAUCUCCAGGAGGAAGCGUGUCCCCACUUCCACCACCAGUUAAUGGAGGCCAGCACGUACUGCAAUAUAGCAAGCCCAGGCUGUUCUACUUCUCUCCUGGGCAUCCCGUACGCUGUGAGCACCAUGACUCCACUGCCAGAUUUAGAGGGCUCGGGCAUGAGUCUGACCUUCAGCUCACAGCCAGGGAGCCCAGCUGAAGGAGACUCAGGGUGUUGGCUCUGCAGCCAUACGUCCCUGGAGAAGGACCCUCCCUGGUCCUGCAAGGAAUACUGCACCCUGAGUACCUUCCAGCAGACUAGUCCAGUCAAAGCAGAGCACCAUGGGAGCUCUUCAAAAUCCUGCCCAACAGGGAUCAUCAGAGUGGACGCCAUCACUGAAGCAUAAGCUGAUGUGUUUUUAUGUAGCAACUGGACAGUAAGAUAGUGCGAAGCUCAACUUUAAAUAACAUUGAGCCUAAAAUUUCAACUGCACAAUAUAUUAUUCUAAAUAAUUACUUCAAGCUAAAAAUAACUAUAGUACACUUCACUUUUUCUUCACAUUAUGUUAUAUAGGGAACACAUUUGUAAAAUGUUUCCAGCACAUUAUGUAUAAUGUUGAUUAUAUAAAAUACUAAUUGCACAAGCUUUUGCUUGCACCAAGUCAGUAAAUUGUGUAGAGGAACUGUAAACAAAACAGUUCUUACAGACCUUUGACUUUUAAUGAUUGAAUAGUUUGCUUUGUUUCUGAACCUUUAGAGGCCAAGUUUAACUUUGUGUAUAUUUUAAUCUCUUAAUAAAGAAAAUGCAAACA